GCGAAACAAUCCGGCGUGAAGCAGGGGGCAGAAAAGAGGCGAAAAGGGAGAGAAAAGGCGGCGGAAGAGGUGCGGGGGGAGCGGAGGGGCGCGAGGAGACAGCACAGCACCUACACGAGGGGGGAGCCACAGUCAGUGUCACCUGGUGGUGCCCAGGCUGAAGGUCGCGGGCUCGAAUCCCACCUCCUGGUCCUGCUGCAGGACCACGAUCAUCAUCAUGAUUCCAGGAUGAGCGAGGAGGCGCCGCGCGGCGGAGCGGGGACCCGACCCCACGAGGAGUACGAGGACGACUUCGAGAAGGACCUGGACUGGCUCAUCGACGAAGAGGCGAGGAGCAGCGAGCAGGAACAGGGAUACGAGGACAUCGAGGCGCAAAUCGACAAGGAGCUCGAGGAGGAAAAGGGAAGCAAGCGCCUGGAGCAGGACGAGCAGCGGACAGGGGGAGGAGGAGGAGAGGGGGAGGGAGAGCGGGGCACGGAGGAGGAGCGCUGGCCGUCCCCCAUGGCGCCCCUAGAGGAGGUCCCCGCGCCCGAUGGCGAUGCCUGUGACGAGGCCCCUCCCCUGCCGCCACCCCCGAGCUCCCACGUCCCCACGCAGGAAGAGGAUGCGGACAAGGAGAAAAAGUACAUCCUGGAGAAGAUCGAUGAGGCCAACCGACAGCUGCAGGACCAGACCCCCCCGGACCAGAUGCGGCGCCGACGUCUGCAGUUCAAAGACACCCUGGUGGACCUGGUGGUCCCGCCGCGGGACUACGUCCCCGAGAAGGAUGCCGAGGACCAGGAUGUCUCGGGACGGCUGUCCGAGCUGCAGAUCUCCCCGCGGGGCGAGGCUCGGGUCGGGGGGGCUAGGGAGGGUCGCGUCCUUGUCGAGAAGGACGGCAAGUUCGACCUGGUGAGCCUGAGAGAGGUGGAGAGCCAAGGACUGCUGCCCCCACUGGCCCCACCCCACAACGAGGCCCCGGCCCUCUCCCAGCACUUAUCGAGAUCAGGCUCCUCCCCCAGGCUGGGCUCCGCCUCCACUGUCUCCGUGACCAUAGAGCGCGCUCCCAAACCUCCCGCCUCGCCCAGGAACCGACCCAACUCGGCGGGGCCCCUGCAGCUGGUGGGACGCAGGAGGACGUCCAGGCGCCGAGCGCAGUCGGCCAACAACGCGUGGUCCUUGGCGACCUUCACGCUGUCGCCUGAGCAGAAGGAGCUGCAGGCGAAGCUCCAGCAGAGGAGGGAGAGGCUGCGGAGGGAGGUGGGUUCCGUCCCCGCUGUCCGUAUUGGGGUCGGAAAGGGAGGCGGGGUCCGUCCCCGUUCUCCUCACCGAACUAAGUGCUCCCUGCAGGAGGAGGAGCGCCGGCGCACCCAGGAGGAGCACAAGCGCCAGCAGAACGAGAGGGCCUUCCAGGCGUGGCUCCUCCGGAAGAGGGAGCAGCUGCAGGAGGAGCGGCGCCUUCAGAGGGCCCAGGAGAUGGAGAGGAAGAGCUGCAAGCGGGAGCACAGCGACCCCCAGGAGGCUUUCAAGCUCUGGCUGCAGCGCAAACAGCAGCAGCAGGAGAAGCAGCGGCACCUGGAGACCUCGAAGCGCUUGGAGGAGGAGAGCGGCUAUUUCCUGCACGACCGCGAGGAGUGCGACCGGGCCUUCCGGGGGUGGCUCAAGCGGAAGCAGGCCGAGAAGCGGGCCGAGAAGCAGGCGGCUCGAGAGCGCUCCCGCAGGAUGGCGAUGGAGGCGCGCCGCGCUCGCCGCAUGCAGGACCUGCUCUGCUCCGUCAACGAGUCCCGGACUCCGCGCCUCACCGAUCGCUGCAGUUAUCGCUUCUGAGCGCGAUCGAUCGUCCCUCCUCUGAGCUCCCCCUCUAUUUAUUUCUCCCCGCUGGCCUCGUGUCAGGAAAGAAACGAGCACAUCAGAGGUGGAAUAAAUUAUUAAAUAUCUGUGACAAAAGGUACCUGUCGUGUGCACGUGGUUAUGAUUAUUUACACCAACGUAAUGCACUAAAACUGCAGCGAUCUACUACUGGACUGUUGCAGCGCGUGACUACUGGGGGGAGGCGGGGGGCGGUCAGCUCAUCGCCACAGGACUCUGCAGAGGGAACAUGAGCGAGAACAUCGUGAUGAGCUCCUGGGAGGUUAGAGGGAAAGUGUCCUUCGUAUGAGUAGCAUUGACAACUUUGUGUGUGUGUGUGUGUGUGUGUGUGUGUGUGUGUGUGUGUGCACUGUAAC